AUGGUGAAAUGGAAGGAUGUGACCCCAGUGGCAGGGACGCACAUGCUCAUGGACCCGCGCAACCCCGCCGCGGGAGGCUUCUUGGGGCUGGAGGAGAUCGACCCGGCGGAGUUUGAGGGAUUGGUGGCUGGCGGAGAGAUGGAGGGCGGGGGAGACCAGGUCCGCCAUCUCCCCUCAUCUCCCCCCAUUUUCGCUCGUUUUUCCCCCAUCUUCCCCCCGCCAGGCUUCAUGGGGCUGGAGGAAAUUGACCCGGCAGAGUUUGAGGGAUUGGUGGCUGGCGGAGAGAUGGAGGGCGGGGGGGACCAGGCUGGCGGAGCAAUGGAGGGCGGAGAUUUGGAGGGCGGGGAAAUGGAGGGCGGGGGAGAAUCGGGGGAAGAAGGCGCCGGGGAGGAGCCUGGAGAUGGGGAUGUUGAGGCGGACGGGGGAGAAAGUGGAACCGGGUUGGGAGACGAGGGGGUAGGGGACAGGGUUUUAGAGGAAGGUUCAACGGAGGAGGUGGAGGGGAAGGGUAAGAUGAGCAAGAGCAAGCGGCGGAAGCUGCAGCGGAAGCAGCUGAAGAAGGCUCUGAAGGGGGGGGGGCGGGGUGAGAAGAGCAAGGGCGCAGGAGAGAAGCGAGAGGAGGGUAAGGAGGAGGGAGACGAGAAGGAGAGGGAGGAGGGAGAGGAAAGAGAGGAUGGAGAGGAUAGAGAGGAGGGAGAGGAGGGGGAAGAGGAGGAAGGGGAGGAGGGAGAGGAAGAUGGGGAGAGUGAUGGGGAGGGGACGGGAGGAGAAGCAGUGGAGGAGAGAGAAGGAGCAGAGGGAGAAGGUGAGGAGAGAGAAGAGGACAUAGACAUGCCGGAAUGGGACCGCCUCCGUCUGCACCCCCUCAUUCUCCGCGCCCUCAACGACCUCGGGUUCACCUCCCCCACGCCCAUUCAGCGCGCCUGCAUCCCCGCUGCUGCGUCUAGAGGCAGGGAUGUUGUGGGGGCGGCUGAAACUGGGUCGGGUAAGACCCUCGCGUUUGCUAUCCCGAUUCUGCAGAGGCUGCUGGAUGAAAGGGAGAAGGAGAGACGGUUGAAGGACGGGGGCGGGGCGUGGGGGGAAGAGGGGGAAGGGGAAGGGGAGGGGGCGGACGGGGAAGGAGUUGGGGAGGCAGAAGGGAAUGAGGGCGCGGGGAGUGAUAGGGUUGGGGAGGAGCAGAGUCGGGAAGGGGAAGGGGGAGGGGAGGUAGGAGGGGAGGGGGAAGGGGAGGGGGUGGGGAAGACGGGGGGAAAGGCGGCGGGCGGCGGGGUUCGGAAGAGAGUGAGGGGGCCGCUGCGAGCGCUCAUCAUCACUCCCACGCGCGAGCUGGCUCUGCAGAUUGUAUCGCACAUAAAAGACGCGGCCCGCCACACGGGCAUCCACGUGGCCGGCAUUGUGGGCGGCAUGGCGGAGGUGAAGCAGAAAAGAGUGCUGAGCCUCGGGCCGCAGAUUGUGGUCGGCACGCCCGGGCGGCUGUGGGAGCUCAUGAGCCAAGGGGAGGCGCAUCUGGUGCAGUUGGAGUAUCUCUCCUUUCUCGUGCUUGACGAGGCUGACCGCAUGGCCGACCCAGGAAGGUUCAAGGAGCUUUCCUCCAUCUUGGGAAUGCUGCCCCCCACUGCGGCUUCUCUUGCUGCUGCCAAUGCCAAGGAAGCGGCUUUGGCAGCCCGAGAUGCUGCUCGGGCAGCCAAAAAGGCGGCUAGGGCAGCUAGAAUUGCUGAGGAGAGGGACGCGGCGAGAGGAAAGAAAGGAAAGGGGAAAGCGGGGAUGGAAAAUGCUGAAAAGGAAGGGAAAGGAGAGGAAGAGGAGGUGGAAAAGGAGGAGAAAGAGGAGGAGAUUAAAGCGGAGAGGGGAGGAGAAGAAGGAGAAGAAGGUAAGGAGGAUGGGGAGGAGGGAGAAGUGGGAGAAGAGGGAGAAGCAGGAGAAGGAGAAGGAGGAGGAGAGGAAGUGUUUUCUCUCCAGCCACCCACCCUUGCGAAAAAGAAGCGGCAAGUUCUGGUCUUCUCCGCAACCCUCGUUCUGCCCGACGACACGCGCGGGCAGCUGCAAGGAAAAAAGCGAACGCCAGGAGGACCCGGGGCAGCAGAUAGACGGACUGGGAGGAAGAGAGAGAGGGAGGGAGCGCAGGGGGGAGAGGAGGGAGGGGAGGAUGAGGGGGAGAAGGAGAGGGAGAAGGGGUUGGAGAGGGAUAGGGUGGUUGCGGGACUAAUGGAGCUGACUGGCAUGCGGCCGUCCCCUGCCAUUGUGGAUUUGACCACGGCUGAUGUGGUGGCGAGCGGCGUGCAAGAAGCUGUUCUGGAGUGUGACGACAGCAUGAGGGACGUCUUUCUCCUCUACCUGCUCCGCAUGCACGGCACCUUUGGUCGCACUCUUGUCUUCUGCUCCGCCAUCUCGUCUGUUCGCCGCCUCGCCUCCCUGCUGUCCCUCCUGCAAGUGCCCUCCUUUCCUCUGCACGCGCAGCAGCAGCAGCGGCAGCGUCUCAAGGCGUUGGACCGCUUCAAGCAGCAUCCAAGUGGCGUGCUGGUGGCAACAGACGUGGCAGCACGAGGACUCGACGUUCCCGAGGUGCGUCUGGUGGUGCACUACCAGCUACCUCACACGGCUGAGGGGUACGUGCAUCGCUGCGGCCGCACGGCCCGAGGGGCUGCUUCAGAGGGAUGCUCCGUGGCUCUGGUUACUCCAAAGGACUCCAUUAAAUACUCGUCGCUGCUGAGGAAACUGAACAAGUCCGGCCCACUCCCCACCUUCCCGGUCGAUCAUAACUACCUCCCCAAUCUCAAGCAAUGCGUGAGCCUGGCUUUAAGUGUCGACACUCUCUCCCGCAAGCACUCCAAAGAGAAAGCAGAAACUUCCUGGAAGCAACGGGCUUCCAAGGCGGUGCAGGUGAAUCUGGAGGAGAGGGGUGCUGACGUGGCAGGAGGGGAGGAAGAGGAUGAGGAUGAGGAGGGGGGAGGAGAGGAGAGUGAGGAGGAGGAUUUUGAUGAUUUCGACGAGGCAGGAGGGGAGAGUGACGACGAAGGGGAGAGGGGAGGGCGAGGGAAGAGGAACAAGAAGCAGCAGCAGAAGGAGGAGGAGGAGCGGAGGAGCAAUAGGAGGCGGGGAGGGGCACGGGGCGGGGAGGAGGAGGAGGAGGAGGAGGAGGAAGGGGAUGUGGAUCGAGGGGUGGAUGUGAGGAGGUUGGUGGGGAGAGGGGAGAAGCGCGGGUGGGAGGGGCCAGGGGAGACAGGGGAGGACGGACGGCAGCAGAUGAAGCAGGAGACAAUUGAACUGCAGCGGAUGAAAGAGGUGAGGGACUGGGGAGGAUGCUGGGGAGGAUGGGCGGCAGCAGAUGAAGCAGGAGACAAUAGAACUGCUGAGGAUGAAAGAGGCCAGGCGCUGAAGCAAGCUGUCUCGCAACCCCUCAGACCCACCAUUCUGUGCUCACUCAACUCAACCCACUCCGGUGCCACUCCCCCCAUUUCCCGCUACUCGCCCAUUCGCUCAUCCCUCCCAUGUGUCCUGCCCUCCUUGAUUGUGUUGCCAGGCGCUGAAGCAAGCUGUCUCGCAGCCUCUCAGACCCACCAACCUACGCUCACUCAUCUCUGCU